GCGUGUGGACAGUUUGGCAUUUUGUGAUGUGAGAUUUUUGUUAAAAGUUUUUAUUAUGGUCUAAAUGUUAAAAUUAUAACAAUCAUACAUGUCAUUAGAAAUAUACGGUAGCAGAGGAUUAAAAUCUUCCAUUUUUAGUGGUUGUGCAAUGGUAAGAAGGGCCAGAACACCUUGUAUGCGUCUCUUCAAAUUUGGUUAAGAGAUGAAAAUAAAAAAUGAUGGAAUGCAAAUAAAAACAUUAGAACAUAUGUGAUAUGAAAGAUAAUUUAGUGGAUUUCCAAUAAACGAAAUGGUUCAAAAUAAAUGUUAGUGCUCGAAUAGAGGACUUAGCGCGGUUUUGGACAUGAUACAAGUGCAGUGUUAGUGUGUGUACAGCAUGAAAGGAAGGGGUAUGUGAUAAAAAUACGAAAUGAUCAAAGAAAAGCACGAGAAAGGGUCGGAAAGCGUGAAGGAGGAGCCCGGGAGUUCCGACAAAGAAGCUCCGAGUACAGAUGUUCGGAUUAAGAAAGAAGAUGAAGCAGCGGGCAGUAACUGUGCGGUCAAGAAGGAACCCGGCCGUCCUGUCACCAAAAACGGGGGCAUCAUCGGCUCCACGAAUACAGGCUCUCUACAGGCCGGGGCCGAGAGGAAGACCGAAGGCGAGGAAGCCACAUCGGUUGCAGAUCCGGCUAACUUGACGCUGAAAACAGAAGAAUGCAUUGACAACGAUCUGCCCGGAGACGCCUUCGCGCUGGGGCUGUCCGGCCCGCCCCCGCAUCCUACGCCCCCCGACGGAGUGCAGCCCCUGGCCAGCAACGUCAUCAACAAGCAACCUGGCGGCAUGGAAGUGCAAUACAUGCAGCAGCAGAGCCAGAUAUUCGUCUUUUCGACGAACAUGGCCAACAACGGCGCCGACGAGGUGCUGCAGGGCCGGUACGCGACAAUCAUCGCUUACCAUUGCGCCCAGCCGGCCACUAAAAAGUACCUGGAGAAGAACCCCCUCAAAGUGAACCAGUUCACCCGCCAAAACCCCGCGCAGUGGCUGAACAAUCUCGCCAUGAUGAAGAACAAGGGCUGCACUCGCAGCCCCGGUUUGGGCCCCAAGAGCCAACCUUCCAUUGACAAUUUCCUCGGUCCGGACGGUCUCGACGAGAUCGGGUUGGGCGACGCUGACUUACCGUGGGAUCAGAAGAACAAUCAUCAUCUCGAAGGACUCGAAGGCGUCAGCAACGGUCUGCCCGACGUGGGGCCCGACAUGGACGCGUGCAGUCCCUCCCUCUCAAACGUUCAACCCUCUCUGCAGGGUGUCAAAGUGCCUGAUGAGAACCUCACGCCCCAGCAGCGGCAGCACCGCGAGGAGCAGCUGGCGACCAUCCGGAAGAUGCAGCAGAUGCUCUUCCCCGAGAACCAAGCGAUGGAGGGGCAGCCGCCCCCGGGAAACGCAAGUGCCAUAGACCUGCCCCACGGCAUGAUGCCCGGGGGGCCGGCGCCCCCGGGCGCCCAGCUCAUGAGCAGCCAGCUUGAGUGGCUGAAGAUGCACCAGUUCGACGAGCGGAAGCCGAAGCCGGACCGGCCCGGGGGCCCGGUGCCCAUCGGCCCCGUAAGUUCCGGCGCCCCCUGUUCGGGCCCCGGCGGACCCGGCCCGCGCGGCAUGCCCGCCGCCGGGCCCCGCCUCCAGGGACCGCCUCCGCCGUACCACCAGACCCCGCGCUCGGCCAGCGUGCCGAUCGCGCUGCAGAGCCCCAGCCCCGCCUCGCCCAAUAACCCCACCUCCAACCUGUCGCUGCCCUCGCCCCGGGCGUCCUCCGCCCUCAACUCGCCCGCCGACCCUAAUCGCCAGUUCGGGCUCACCAGACACGUGAGCACCGGCCAGAGCCCCACCUCCCAAGACUCGCCCUCCGCCCCGCGGCACAACCACAGCAACCCCGGCACGCCCGUCUCGUCACAUCUGUCUCCCAGUGUAAAUAGCAGUAACACCGAACCCACAUCGACCCAUCAGUCUUCAGUUGAUGGAAUGUUUGGGCGCACCCUCCAGUCAAUGGCACAACAAAAACAAAUGAACACUUCGACGACUUCUUGUUCGACCACCCCAACUGCCGGGGCUAAGGAGCCUAAUCUCAUGCCUGUUCCCUCGCCGCAACAAAUUCAGUACCUCAACGCAUUCGAAGGGCAGGAACUCAUUAUACAAAAACAACCAAAUACAAGUCUUAAAGAGCGAAACAUGAUUUCUCCUCCUAUUUUGCCAACAACCCUUGACAGUGGAUUCCCGGGCAAUACAUCGGAUCUUCCUCACACUAGAAUAUCAGGACCCAACACUCCUACAUCUGUAGAUGUCGGACCUAGAUUUCCUCCUACGCCUGGCGUUUCUUCUGAAGGGUGCCGGUUUCAAAUACCGAGUCCUCAUACGCCUUCGACUUCAUCAACAGGUGAUAAAUCUCAGAGACUUACCGGUCCUGGGCCGACUUCAGCGCCCGGGAUGAGCCCGCAGACAGCCCCCGGUCCGACUUCGGACCCGCUGAAAGGCGACCUGUUUCCUACUCCGAGUCCUCACAUGAUGGACGUUCCUCGUUUUCCGGGCCCGAACGCUUCUCCAGGUGCUAAAAUGGGGGGAGGUUUCGUGAACGUGUCGCCGUCGGGCAAGCCCAGCCCGCUAGAACUUCCGAAUUAUUGUGCGCGGGGCGACAACGUGCCGCUUAACCCUAACUGCACGAGUACGAUGUCGGGCAACGCGAAAGUGUCUCAUUUCGACCCCAUAUCGUCGUUGGCGCAGAUGAGCCAGCAGUUGACGAACAGCGUGGCGAGCUCCCUCAACGGGCAAGGCAACCAGGGCCCGGGCAUGAUGAACUUCGGGUCGCCGUCGAUGCAGAUGAUGGAGAUGGGCGCCUGCCACAACAUGCCCGACAUGGACCAGGGUCCGGGGAUGAUGGGCAUGGGCAUGCAGGGGCCACCGCACGGCUUCCACCCGAACUCGCCGAUGGCCCCCAUCCGCUCUCUCUCGCCAAAACUGCCAGGUGCCUUUCCCAACCACAUGCCUAUGCCGAGGAUGAUGGGCCGCCCGCCGGGGCCGAACCCCUACAACGGCGCCAACGUGCAGGUCAAGCCCAACGCCCCCAACACGAUACAAUACCUCCCCGCGAAACCGCAGGUUGGCAGUGCGCCGGGACCGCGGGGGCCACCUAGUCUCGACUUCCUGCAGCGCUUCGCGAACCCGCUCUCCAACAUGGACUCGAAGAUGCCGACGCAGAACCUGCAGUACUUCCCGAACAACGGGCCGAUGCAGGGCCCGGGCGGACCGAUGCCGCCGCACAUGGCCCACAUGGACGGGCCGAUGCAGCCCGAUCCGAUGAUGGGCGGGCCGAUGGGCAACGGCGCCGGUCCGAUGAUGGCCGGCGGCAUGGGCAUGCCGGGUGGCAUGCUACCGAUGAUGCGGGGCCCGAUGCGGCCCCCGGGCAUGAUGCGCAUGCCGCAGAUGGGUUUCAACGGGCCGGCCCCUGGGGGGCCGGAGAUGUUCAACCCGGCCCCGGGCAUGGGCAACCCGAACGCCCAGAUGUUCGUCAGCGGCCCGAAGGGCAGCCCGAUGGGGAUGGCGCCCGACGCCAGUCAGCCACUGCCGCCGUCGAUGGGGCAGAACAACACGUUCAAGAAUUCGCCGUUCGUAGGGCCGAGUACUUCAGAUCCUAACUACGCGCAGCAGUACCAUAAUUUCCAGCAGCAGUUGUAUGCGACAGGGACGAGGAGCCAGAUGGGAGGGCAGGCGAUGGGACCGGGGCCCGGGCCACCGCACACCCAACAGCCGCCCUACUUUAAUCCUAAAUAGCAAUUGUGGUGCUGAGCGUGUGUAACAGAGUAUUUUGGUUUAUUUUUGAUAUUACUAAUGAGUAAUCUGGCAAUAAUAACUACGUGAGUUAAUUUUGUACAUUUUCGUGUGUACGCAUCGAAUUCAAGUGCAGUUAAGGGUUGGCAUCCACUGUUCAUGUACAAAGCUGCCUGCCCCUACGGGCUCUAUUCACCUGAAUACUUACGCUAUUCUGGAUUUGUAUAUUUGCCAUAAACUAGAAAGACUUUAGAGUAAUCAUUUAAGUGUUGGACUUGCUUGGUCCUUUUUAUGACAGAGAUUUCACUAUUGCUCAUAUAAUUUGUUUCUAUCCAUCUGUUAUUCAUUUUAUUGUACAUUUUAUGAGUAAUCAUGAAUGAAAUGAUAACAAUAAAAUUCUAUAUUAUAUAUC